AUGACACCUGAUCACCUGAGCUCAUCUCGCAGCAUGGCCGGACAUUUGUCAAUGCAAAGUGGGGUUGCUAGGGCGAUCCUUAUCGCUACACGUGGUAUGCCGCUAGAGAAUAGGGAAAUGAACUGGGCUCAGCUGGCAUGACAGUUAUUUCACCUUGGAGUGGGUCUCUGCUUCCUUUUACUCUUGAUUCUAGAAAUACAGGGUAUUUAUGUUUGAUAAGUGGCACACACACACUAAGCAUAUAGAUACACCAACAUCAAUCCAACCAGGAAGGAGAAACACUUAGAUGCAGUACUGUGCAAACUUAAACAGGUCACAGGCAUGAAGACACAUACAUACAAAGCAGAUGAUGCUAGUGCUGUUGAUGUAAAACACGUGCACAUAUGCACAUACAAGCACGCGUGCACACACACACACACACACACACACACACACACACACACACACACACCAAAAAGGAACGCCAUCGUGUUGGUUCCGUUGCUAAAACACAAAAACCUCCUCCUCUCCUCCCCCCUUCCCCAGCUGUGGCCCAACGGAUGAAACCCAAACCAGAGCAGAGAGCUCUCUCAACUCCUCAACCUCUCAACACAUCCUCAGCACUGGCCUUUGAAAACAAACCACGCCGGCCAGCCCCCCGCCUCUCCCCGUCUCCUCUGAGCCCUAAUAUGUGAGCACACAUGCCCCACACUCCCCUGGGAGAGACUCCCCGACGCUCCGCUCUGCUCUGGUUCCGGGAAGCAGAUGUGAGAAUAUAAAGAUGGUGGAGUGUGAGGCUUCACUGAGCUACACACAGACAGUCAGUGGUUGAUGUUAGGAGACAUACAGGAGCAGAUAGGGUGUGGGGGUUUCCCUGGUUCAGUCAUGAGGUCAUGAACAACUCCUGGACCAUGACUCCAAGGUUCAAGGACGCUUAAAGGUCCAAUGCAGCCGCUUUUUAUCUCAAUAUCAAAUAAUUUCUGGGUAACAAUUUAUUAACUUACUGUGAUUAUUUUCAAUGAAAAUGGUCAAAUAAGGAACAAAAAUAGCUUCUUAGCAAAGAGCAAUUUUUCAAGCAAGAAUUUUGCUAGGACUGUCUGGGAGUAGUCUAAUUGGACGAGCCAAAUGGGAGGGAUAUAUAACCUGAAAACGAGCUGUUAUUGGCAGAGAGGUUUGAAACUCUCUUUGUUAUUGGUCUAUUAACUUAUACCACCUGGUGAUUUCACCAGGCAGGCCAAAACUCCAUCCCACCAAAACAGGCUGAAAUUUCAGGCGGUCUUUUCAAACAGCUAAUACAAGAAAAGGGCAUUGUCAUAAUUUUCAUAAAUUCACAGUAUUAUUCCAACCUCAUAGUGCAGAAAUAUACACUGAGUAUACAAAACAUUAGGAACACCUUCAUAAUAUUGAGUGGCACCCCACCCCCCUUUGGAUACGUGUCUACUAAAUGGCAUUAUAUACACUACCAGCCAAAAGUUUGGACACACCUACUCAAUCAAGGGUUUUUAUUAAUUUUUACUAUUUUUUACAUUGUAGAAUAAUAGUGAAGACAUCAACAUGAUGAAAUAACACAGAUGGAAUCAUAUAGUAAACAAAAAAGUGUUAAACAAAUCAAAGUAUAUUUUAUAUUUGUCACGUUGUAUAAUGAUUGGAAGACAGGCGCGACGGGGACGAAGCCCAAAACAAACACGUAUAUAUAUAUAACAAAGGGAUGUAACCCAAACCAAAGAGCGAGGUGUAAACCUCUACACAAUACACGGGACGAGACCCGUAAUAAACAAGAGCACAAUACACGGUACUCACGAGACCAACGGACAUGGGACAAUAAUCGACCAGGACAAUGGGGAACAGAGGGCACAUAUAUAUACACAUACUAAUCAGGGGGAAUAGGAACCAGGUGUGCGUAAUGAGACAAGACAGUCUGGGGUUGGUGGUAAUGAACCAUGUCAGUGACACCUAGAAGGCCGGUGACGUAGACCUAGAAGGACACGAACCGCUGGAUAAACAAAUGUCUUCUUCUUUAACAUAGAGAUUAUGCUCCAACAGUCUUCCCAGCACAGACAUGCUUAGCUCGGUCAGCAGAAUAGACCAAAAUGUUGUCUACAUAAACCAUUACACCCCGUCCCAGCAUGUCCUGAAACACUUCGUUAAUAAAGGCCUGGAAGACUGAAGGAGCAUUAGAGAGGCCAAAGGGCAUUACGAGAUACUCCCGUCGUGGAAAAUGCCAUUUUCCAUUCGUCGCCUGCACGAAUGCGCACCAGAUUGUAGGCGCUCCUCAAGUCCAGUUUCGUGAAAUACUGCGCCCCGUGCAUUUGUUCGAUGAUGGUUGGGAAGAGGGGUAAAGGAUUGCUGAACUUAACGGUGGCUUUGUUCAGUGUUCUAUAAUCAAUGCAGGGGCGCAGUCCCCCAUCUUUCUUCAUAACAAAAAAGAAGCUAGGCUUUUGACGUAGAGGGGCGGAUAAAACUCUGAUGAAGGCUCUCCUGUACGUAGGACUCCAUGACCUCGGUCUCCGGGAGAACUGCAUCGGUCUUCUCUCAGGAGAACUGCAUCAGACAGCAGGUCAACGGCACAGUCCCAGGGGUGAUGAGGAGGCAGGUGUGUAGCUUGGGUCUUAGAGAAAACCCGAGUCUAGGGCCCUUCCGGUCAGUGCCGGGAUGACUGUGGCAACCCUGUCUCUCCCGGAGACAGCCUCGGUGUAGCGAGCGAGGUACAGGUCGCAUUGCAGAAGGAAUCCCUUGCAUCUCGCUGGCGCACCGUCAAAGCACUCCAGGAGGGACAGGGGUAUUCCGCGGACCGGCUCAGAUGGGACGCAGGUAGUGUUGGUGUGGGGGCUGGUGCCGGAACCGGUGCUGGAGACUGGAGGGACUGCUCUUUCCCCUCCAACUGCAGGGUGGUUUCCAGCACGUUGUCCAUGGCGCUGUCGAGUCUGGAGAGACAGUCCUUGUGAUGCUGGACUGUCUCUACGAUGGUCGCCAGCUCUGCCUUUCCCGCUGUCUCCAUUUUGAUGGGUUGAUUAUUCUGUCACGUUGUAUAAUGAUUAGAAGACAGGUGCAGGAAUAUGUAUUAGGGGUUUUAUUUACUCCACCCAACACAAGGUACGUCAUGAAAAACGACGGGGACGAAGCCCAAAAACAAACAUGUAUAUACUGUUGAAGUCGGAAGUUUACAUACACUUAGGUUGGAGUCAUUAAAACUCAUUUUUCAACCACUCCACAAAUGUAUUGUUAACAAACUAUAGUUUUGGCAAGUCGGUUAGGACAUCUAUUUUGUGCUAAGGGUGGCUAUUUGAAGAAUCUCAAAUAUAAAAUAUAUUUUUAUUUGUUUAACACUUUUUUGGUUAUUACAUGAUUCCAUAUGUGUUAUUUCAUAGUUUUGAUGUCUUCACUAUUAUUAUACAAUGUAGAAAAUAGUAAACAUAAAGAAAAACCCUGGAAUGAGUAGCUGUGUCCAAACUUUUGACUGGUACAGUACAUAGAAGAAGAGUCUGGCCACUGCAGACUCUGUAUGUGCAUAUCAUCCUUUACAGCAAACAAUCUACCUGGUCACACUGUGCAUGGAAGUCAUAGAGUUCCUACAGAUCUCUCAUCCGGAUUGGCUACAUCUGAAAGUCUAGCAUAGCCUCUAAAUAUUACAAUAUGCAAUGAAUUCAUGAAAUUCACACCACUGAAUCAUAUUGAAGAAUAGAGAGAGGGAUUACCAAAUAAUGUGGGAUAUCAAAGAGUUGUGGACCACAGACACACACACACACACACACACACACACACACACACACACACACACACACACACACACACACACUGAAACAGUUGGUGAAUUGAUUAAGUCCUCCAGUCUCUUUGGCUUCCCACACUAACAAGCACGUGGAGAGAUUGAAAUCCAGAUGGCUGGAGAGUAGAAUGGCACUUUUCGAGAUCCACCUCUCUUUGUCGUUCAAUAUACCCACAAACCUGCGUAUAAACACGAUAUCACACAGAUACACUGGCACGCACACGCACAGGCACACACACAAAGAUCAAAUAGGGCUACGACAAAACUAGAAUGACCACAACUCUCAUUGAAUCCCCCCCCACCCCUAAAAAAAAAGGGACCCAAGUCCCAACAUGACCCAGCAUUCUGACUGUGUAUCAGAUGAAUCAGAAAGAAAUAAAGAUUAGGCAUCUCAAUUCCCUUUAUAGUGCACCAGGGCCCAUCGGGUUAAAAGUAGUGCACUACAUAGGAAAGAGAGUGCCAUUUGGGACACAGACUGAUUAGGCUUUAAUAACCUUUAUGGACACAUGAGGAGUGGGAGCAACAGCCUUUCCUCUGAUGCUUGAGGAACAUUCUUAGCCUGAGAGAAACCCACAGGCUGUGUGACCGGCACCAGCGAGGCUUCAUGCCAACAGAUGGUCCCGAUAACCAGCAGUCACCGGUCAGUCACCUGCACAGCUAUGGCCCUGUGACACAGCCUUUCUUAUGGAAAUCACCACUGCAUCGUGAUGUUCCAGCAACGUUCUGAUGAUGCUCCAAAAAAAUUAUGUUGAUAAUCCAGAAAUGUUCUGAUGAUAUUCCAGAAACGUUCUGAUGAUAUUCCAGAAACAUUCACAAAAUAUUCCAGAAAUAUUCUGAUGAUAUUCCAGAAACAUUUUGUUGAUAUUCCAGAAACGUUCUGAUGAUAUUCCAGAAACCCUAUCAAAGGAAAACAAAAGCCCAGAAAACUUUACUGAGAAUCAAAAAUGGCUAGAAAUACCCAAUUGAAAAUAUGUAAAACAUGCUGACCUUAUCAUAGUAACUCACUAUGACCAUUUCAUAGUAACUCACUAUGACCAUUUCAUAGUAACUCACUAUAACCAUUUCAUAAUAAUUCUUUAUGACCAUUUCAUAGUAACUCAUUAUGACCAUUUCAUAGUAACUCACUAUGACCAUUUAAUAUGAACUUAUACUGUAGAAAUUGAGAAAUGUUAGCUGGAAGGCCAUGACUGGUGAUAAGGAUGCAGUCUGCGUCUCUGGGUAGGAAUACUAAGUGUCUGAUGGGACACUGGCCUCUUUCAGGGAGCAGCCCUGGUGUGAAGCAUGCUGGGUAAGGCACGGCAGCCACCCAUUCUAAGAGGAGACUGAGCCUAUGACAGAGGACCCUGUUCUCAUCAGGGACUGCUGUAGCUCAGUUGGUAGAGCAUGGUGCUUGCAACACCAGGGUCGUGGGUCCCACGGGGGGCCAGUAUGAAAAAUGCAUGCACUCACUAACUGUAAGUCACUCUGGAUAAGAGCGUCUGCUAAAUGACUAAAAUGUAAAAUGAGUAUGUGCAUGUGUGCGAGUGUCAGUCAAAACUAUAAUAGAGUACAUGCUGAGCAUACCAAAGAGAGAGCAAUUUCUGUUGAAAGUGAGGAAUAAUUCAAAACUCCCACAGACUGGCCCCAUUCUCCCCCCUCUCCAUCCAACUCCCUCGCCUCUAAUUUGCAUACUUAUUUUGUGAUUAUCAAAAAGCCGCUUUAUGGAACAUGACGGCAGAGAGAAAACAUAUGCAAAGUCAAAAGUUGUGUUAUUUCCAUCUAGAAUGAACAUAUCAAAAACAUACUUCUCUGGAGCUGUUUUGGUGUUGGAUAGUGACUAUAUGGCAUGGUAAUAUUAUAAAGUGGGAACAACUGCGAAAGUGGCCCCCAGGUCCCUUUCAACUUCAACAACUUCAACAGUACUUAGACAUUUAAAGGCAUUUCCUAUCUUCCAGGCUGUUUGAAUUAAAGCGAGCCCGUAAAAAUCAUGUGGCGAAUCUGUAGACGUGCAAUUUAUGUCACAUCACCCCAGCAACAUACUACAGUCAUGGAGAUGGGAUGAUAUGUGAUCCGCCCCAGCCAGAACAAACGCACUGGCUUGCACGACUUCCUCUCUUCCACUCUUUAUUCCUGUCUUUUCUUUCAUUCCUUUCCUCUCCCUCUCUCCUUCCCAUUCUUUUUUCCAUCACAAAGCCGGAUGAGGGUCAUCUUACCAAUGUCCCCGGUGCCAUGCAGAAAUCGGAUGUUAUGUGUGUGUAAGUGUGUGUGUAUGUGUGUGUGUGUGAGUGUGUGUGUGGCACUCUCUAACCCGUUAACAUCUCAACUUCACAGAUCUGACAGGGUCUUCCUCCUCUCUCAGCCUCAAAACACUUUCAGCUCUCUAAAUGUUAAUUUAUCUCCAUUAAAUAAAUAUAGACUGCAUAACAAUCCCUAACUGAAAUGCGUGUAACAGAGAGGUGGGAUUCCAGUAAAAAGUAUCUUUGUAUGUAAUAUUUUAUUUGUGUAGUGGACUAUGUUGUAUUCCUCUGGUGUUUGUAUUUGUUUGUGUUGGUUUCUCAAGCUGUGUUAGGGCUCCUUUACCGUGUCCUGGUAGAAGUGGGUAGUAUUUCCCUUGUAGUAGACUUUGAAUUUGUCUGGUGUUUAGCUCUUUAUGUGAGUGGGAGCACUGUGUCUGUGUUGGGUUUGGUUGUUUAUUUGUGGGAGGGUAGUGUGUGUGUGUGUGCGUGUACACUUGUACAUGUGCACAUGCCUGUGUGUGUUUGCACGACUGUGUGCGUGUGUGUGUGCGAACCCAUGUGUGUGCCACUGCGUGUGUGUGUGUGUGUGUGUAUUGCUAAUCUGCAGCCUGAUAUUCUGUGAAUGGAGGGGUGGUGUUGUUGACCCACCUGCUCCCUUCUCUCUUCAGCUGGAUCUAGUCAGAUUUCAGCAGCUGCAUCCCCUCACAAAGCACCUCUUUGUAAUCCUCUCAAGGCGCACACACACAAUUACAACAAGAAGAGGAGGAGAGGGGAAGGAGGGAAAAGAGAGCGAGAGAGAGAGAGAGAGAGAGAGAGAGAGAGAGAGAGAGAGAGAGAGAGAGAGAGAGAGAUCUAUAGCUACGAGACCUCGUAUAGAGAGAGCUCGAGCUCUCUCUCGCCUAUCUCCGCUCUCUCUCUCUAGAGCGCUAUUUAGAGAGCAUGCGAGGAAAAGGUGGUAAGUGUCAUUGCAGUGCAUAGAGAGAGAGAGAGAGAGAGAGAGAGAGAGAGAGAGAGAGAGAGCGAGAGUGAGAGAGAGAAAAAGGUGGUAAGUGUCAUUGCAGUGCAUAUCUUUCAGCAAGGUUACUUACAGUAGCAGGCGCUCCUGUGAAGGAGCAGUGUUCUGGCACCUAUAUAACCCCCCGCACAACAGGCAGGUCACCCGUGAUACAAGUCAGUAUUAGACGUCCAUCCAUGUCUGAGGACGUCGGGAGAUGACGUAGAAACCGGCCACUAGGGGCAACAGUGAGCGCUGUUACCUUCAAGUAGUUUUUGAUUUUGACACACACACACCACCCUAUAGAUAUCCACUGCCUCUCUAAUUUACUGCUGACAUUGCCUCUCACACUCUAACUUACCUCCUACAUGAAAGCAUAUAAUUCUAUACCAAACACAACAUUAUUCAAAUAAGGGACUUUAAAGUUCCAUGCAAAUGAGACAGAUAGAGUGAAGGGCUGGAGUGUGUCACUCAGUUGGAGAGUGAAAGGAGCCGAGAAGUGUGCCACAUUUGCUUCCCAUCAGGCAAAUUUUCCCCUGGCACUGUCUCGGGGCGCGGACCACGCCUGUCUGGGGCAUGCCAUGUCAAAUAUAUACAAGGCCCAGUCAACCCCAGUCAUGUCCCUGCUAUCCCCCAGACACUAAACCCUCAACCUUUUAACCACCACAAGGCCUCCAAAGUCUUGGGUCUUACCCCCUAGUUACCAGACUUUCUACCCCCAGUUUAGGGUCCCAUUUCCCCUAGUCUCUAGCGGCCAGUCCCUGUAGCCUGGCUGGACCCAGACUCCCAAUCACCAGCAGCAGAGGAAAGGAGACGUCACUGGGAGAUUAACAACAGCAGCACACUUUACUACCACCAUAAAUCAUGACUGUAUGUACCUGAGUAGCAGAGCCUUGGAGGCUGUAAAUGCAAAAGACGAAGAGGGGUGGCAAGCGUUCGUUGGUUUUCAUUAAAUUACAUUUUCCGUACGUGCAUACAGCCACACACAGAUGUGCAUAUAAGAACAAAUACACACACAUACAAAUCCAUGCACACACAGCUAUAUUUUUGUGAAAUUUGGGGAGUAAAAAUGCUUGACCAUUAAAAAUCAUAUUUUCCCUAACCCCUAACCCUAACCCUACCCCUAACCCUAAAUCUAACCCCAACCCUAACCCUAACCCUAACCCUAACCCUAACCCUAACCCUUAACCUAACCUUAACCCUAACUCUAACCGAAACCCCAAAAACUCUAACCUUAACCCUAACCCUAACCUUAACUCCAAAACCCUAAACCUAACCCUUAAGCUUAAAAUAGCAUUUGAACAAAUUCUGGACAUGAAAAAAGUCCUGACUAUUCAAAAAAGUUAUUAUUUUCCUACCUUGUCAGGACAUUUGGGUGAAUUGUUAGGACAUUGGGGUAGGAAAACAAGUACACACACACCCACACACACACACACACAGACACACACUCUCCCCUUCUCCAGACACAACAGAGAGUGCGGCUCGCCAUAGGCAUGAGGAGAGUUUAGAGAGCCAUAUCAUUGUUAAAUUACCAAUUAUGAAUUAAUCCCAAAAACAAACAGGGGAGCCGCAAAGUAAGUAAGCAGUAAACCACAAUAUAACCAACAGUGGCAUAUAGUGCAUAAAAAGAGGAGGAAGAGGAGGGGGGAAACUCUCAUUCUCUCUCGUUCUCCAUAAAGCGCCUUAAUAACUCAGCAUCUUGUUAAGCAGCAGGUCUUGCAGUGAGGUAGAUUUACAGUCAAUAUUAAAGCUGUCCUGACUUCUCUCAUGGGCUGUCAUUAGAUAUACACACUGACCAGUGGGGUAAAGUACUUAAGUAAAAAUACUUUAAAGUACUACUUAAGUAGUUUUCUGGGGUAUCUGUACUUUACUUUACUAUUUAUAUUUUUGACAACUUUUACUUUUACUUCACUACAUUCCUAAAGAAAAUAAUGUACUUUUUACUCCAUACAUUUUCCCUGAUACCCAAAAAUACUCGUUACAUUUUGAAUGGCUAGCAGGACAGGAAAAUAGUCAAAUUCAUGCACUUAUCAAGAGAACAUCCCUGCUCAUCCCUACUGCCUCUGAUCUGGCGGACUCACUAAACACCAAUUCUUCGUUUGUAAAUUAUGUAUGAGUGUUGGAGUGUGCCCCUGCUAUCCUUAAAUAAAAAACAAGAAAAUUGUGCCAUCUGGUUUGCUUGAUAUAGGGAAUUUGAAAUUAUUUAUACUUUGACUUUGACUUUUAAUACUUAAGUAUAUUUUAGCAAUUACAUUUACUUUUGAUACUUAAGUAUAUUUAAAACCAAAUACUUUUAGACUUUUACUCAAGUAGUAUUUUACUGGGUGACUUUCACUUUUACUUGAGUAAUUUUCUAUUAAGGUAUCUCUACUUUUCAAUACUUAUUGACUAAGAUUUAAGCAUACUUUAGCUUUAUCAGUAUUUUUCACCUGACACAGCACUUCCAGCACUCAUACCGGACCUACAUUCAUAAUCAUACCCAUCGACCCAACCCACUACCACCACACCCACUCCAAAUCCCACCGCAACAACCCACCCACCCCACCAACCAACCACACCCCACCCACCCAAACCCCCAACAACCCACACACACCACCCAACCCACCACCACCACCAAACCCCCAACACCAAACACCCAAACUAUCAACCAGAGACAGAGAGAAGAGAGUAAGGAGAAUAAGGAAGGAAGGAAGAAGGAUGAAUAGGAGAAGGAGAAAGAAGGAAGGGAAGGAGGUAACGAAUGAAUGAAGAAGGUUAGGCAGAAGUUCCAUCUUGACUAGCAUUAAGCCUGAAACCCAGGUAUCCGUCCAGACCACGAUGCCAGCACAUAUCUAACUAGCACCUACAGCAUACGAACGAGCAGCAUCCAUGCUUGAAGGAAGGAAAGAAGGAAGGAAGGAAGGAGGGAGAAGGAGUGAUACGGAGACAGAGUAUGCAUAAUAAUUAAUUGUUCAAUAAAAUCCCAUUUAGCAUGGUAAGUACAAGAUGUAAAAACAGCAUGAGGGAAUCUUGUCUGGUUUACGACUUGACUGUGAUCUGCCACCUGUGGCACAUAUAUAACUCAAUAACUGUAAGGUCCAUAACACAGCUGAGUUGGGUGUAAAGUAGUGGUCACCAUGUGAUGUUCUCUGGGCUGUAAAGUAGUGCUGGCAGAGAGGAGGGAGAGAACAGGGCUCUGCUCUCAGUCCUGAGGCUCUGUUAUGGUGUUUGUUUUCAACACUGUCAUGUCUCCAAGCUGAUACACACAUACAGACAGGAACUCAGGCACACGCACGCAGACACACACACAGACACAGGCACACACACAGACACAGGCACACACACACACACACACACACACACACACACACACACACACACACACACACACACACACACACACACACACACACACACACACAUGGUGAGAGUAGUAAAAUGUAAUUUCACCCCAGUGUUGAUUGUUCUGAGGUCUGAACAGAGGGACAGACUGGGUGAGGGCCUGGUAAAGGUCAGACUAUCAACUGCACUGAGGUAAAGGUCAGACUAUCAACUACACUGAGGUAAAGUUCAGACUAUCAACUACACUGAGAUUGACCCCAUGAUCCACUACUGAACUGCUCAGCAAUAGUCGAUCACCAAAUAUUUCUGUAAAAAAAACAACGACAAAGCCUUGUGUUCCUAAUUUUGCUCAUGCUAUUUGUGGUAGGUGCACUUGAUUCAGCAGCCCUAAGCACCGGGUAGGUGAAGUGUUCCCAUUUUGAACCAUUUCAUGUGUCUGAAGGUACAAACUCUGCCUUCCCAGCGGCCCGGUGAUCAAAUCAAGUGCACCUAUAGGCCUUCCACUGGCCAAUCGGAAAGCUCCGAUUACUGUGUCUGGUGCUUCCUUGAGUGCACAGCAAAGUUGAUACUGUGAGAUUUCAAAACUUGUAAAACCAUGAUUCGAGAGAGACUAUCAACGAAUACAGCAAAGAGUUUACUUUUUUUUAUGGCACUGCCAACACUUUAUUCAACACUUUUAUAUGCCAUAAAACUACUUCCACUCGCGCUUCAACCAGAACUGCAGCUGCAAUGAAUGAGUAGUGAAGUGUAUUGAUAGGCUUGAGGCCAGAGUCAGAUGAAGUCAUGCAUACCAUUUGUAUGUCUCUGCAUCCAGUAUGAAGGAAGUUAGAGGUAGUUUUUCGAGCCAAUGCUAGCUAGCGUUAGCACAAUGACUGGAAGUCUAUGGUAUCUACUAGCAUUCUAGCAGUUACCAUAGUCAUUGCAUUAACACUAGUUAGCAAUUGUGCUAAGGCUAGUUAGCAACAUCCUUCAAACUGCUCACAGAGACAUAAAAAUGGUAUCCAUGAGUUCAUCUGACUCUGGGGAAGUAGAUAAAGGGCUUCAUUACCAAAAUCCUGAAGUAUCCCUUUAAUAUUGAGGAAAAGUUCACUUUCUCUGGUCAUAGGAGUAACAGCAUCAAUCUGUGCAUGAGGCAGAAAUAAUGCGGUGCGACUCGAGUUUUGCCAUCAGUUGGAUGCUGGAAGACGGUGUCCCCUCUUUGGUCAGUCUCAGAGGAGGAAGGGAGAGUGUAAAGACGGUGAGAGUCAGACCCUCUGCUGCUCUCUCCCUCCCUCCACUGAGACUGACCAUCAGAUACAGGCACCAUCAGCCCAGUAAAAAAAUAAGCUAAUUAUUUAAAUGUUCACUCAGCUGUGCUUCACAGGUAAUACAACAAUCUAUGACUGGUGUGAUCAUAUACUGUAGGCCCUACCUCAAGUUUUUAAAUAUAAUUUCUAAAUGGUGUGAGAAGAACAAGAAUGCAUUGGCAGGGCAAUUCAAGCAUAGCCAAUGUGUGGUGAUAAUGUAUUGGGCCUCAUUGCUACAGAACUGUUUUUAAUAGGUUAAUUUUGCACAGGCUAAAGUUUUUUAAGUAAUGUUUUUUUUUUUAUCUAAGUGGUAGAUCUCAGCUUGCAAUUUGACUCAGAAAAGGUUGGUGACCACUGGCCUACCAUAUGGGGCAUGGAGAUAAGUAUCCUCCUGCACAUAGUAAACAUCCAUUACAUGAAGCAGAGAAGUAAGGGAAUUCUGGGAUUCAAUCAAAGAUGUGCUGUCGACAGCAUUGCAUUUGACUAUUUAAAUUUUUUUUGUUACACUUGAGUGAACAUCCACAGCAUUUACCAUGACUAUGAUCUCUGCAGUUUACAUCUGCGUGUUUUGGACAUCUAAACAUUGUGUGAGCUAAAGACUGCUGGGUUGUACCAUUAGAUUCAUCUAUUUCUUCUGCAUCCGCUGAUACCAAGUCUGGGUUAUUAACGGGGGCUGCUAGAGCGUUGUUUGUGAGACAAAGCCGGAUCCCGAAAAAAACGGUUCUUCUCACAAAAACGUCUGUAAAGUCCAAAUGGUUUGAGCUACAAACUAUUGUGAACCAUCUAUGAAAAGCUGAGACUCUCACAAACAUGCACAUGUAACCUGCCACAAGAGUCGUUAGAAGGUCAGAGGUUCUUCUACAUAAAAAAUCAUAGGAAAUCCCUAUGUCUAUAAUACCGUAAUAUGCUCAUAUAGUUGCUGUCACAAACUCCAAACUCCACACAGUUGUCACUGACAAGUUGGAUAUUUAUUUCCCAGUGAGCAAACAGUUUAUGUACUUACAGCAUUCAUAUAAAUGCAUUUUAAUCAGGUUUUUGCUUUGGCAUACCUUCUUUUUUUAAUUGACAUUUGUCAAUAGAACUCAUGAAUGCAACUUUUUAUGUUAAUUGUUUUGUGCUCUACUUGUAGCCCUGGUUGUCCUGAAAAGAAAAUGGAAAAACACUUCAAUGUGAGGCUAAAUAUGAGGGCAGAGCAUAAGAAGGCCUCACUGUGGGAGGCCUGGGACCAAUUGUGCAGUGCGCAUGUCCACAACACGCCUUUUUAUUGAAUCUUGGCCAUAGUACAUUUGUGAACUUAUCUGAAUAACUACAUAAUGAUUAGAAGUAAGAUUUAAUUGUUGUUAUUAAAACAACAUAUGUUUUCCAAGCAAAGAAUGAUGAUGAUAAUGUUAUAUUUUAAUUUCCUUUCAUGUGUACUAUGGCAGCUUAAAGCUGAAUUGCAGUAACACAUAAAAUAAACACAUUUAGAUUAAAUGUCAGGGAGUUGAGGCAAAUAUAAGUACAAAAGUAGCUAGAUCAGCUAUAUCAAGUCUGUCUGAAUGCUUCUUGAAGCCUCUAGAUGGCAAGUCGCGGUCAUGGAAGGAUCUGGAAGUUCAUAGCUAGAUAGUCAGCAGAGGUGGUGGUCGGAGGUGCUGGCGGUCAGGUCAGCAUGUCCAAGGGCAGGCAGGCAGCUCCAUGUCAUCCAAGCCUCUCUGCAGUCUUCUCUGUAUUGGAACUUUGUGAUUAAGUUUGCUCCCCAAAAAUUACAGCUCAUGUAGUCCUUACUUCUCCUCCUGAUUAAUGAACCCCCUGGCCCACUGCCAACUCUACAUGCACUGCCUUCAGAAAGUAUUCAGACCACUUGACUUUUUCCACAUUUUGUUACGUUACAGCCUUUUUCUAAAAUGUACUAAAUUGUUUUUUCCCCCCAUCAAUCUAGACACAAUACCCCAUAAUGACUAAGCAAAAACAGCUUUUUAUACAUUUUUGCAAAUGUAUUACAAAUAAAAACUGAAAUAUCUCACUUACAUAAUUAUUCAGGACCUUUACUCAGUAAAAGUUGCACCUUUGGCAGCGAUUACAGCAUCGAGUCUUCUUGGGUAUGACGCCACAAGCUUGGCACACCUGUAUUUGGGGAGUUUCUCCCAUUCUUCUUUGCAGAUCCUCUCAAGCUCUGUCAGGUUGAAUGGGGAGCAUUGCAGCACAGCUAUUUUCAGGUCUCUCCAGAGAUGUUCGAUCAGGUUCAAGUCUGGGCUCUUGCUGGGCCAAUCAAGGACAUUCAGAGACUUGUCCCAAAACUACUCCUGCAUUGUCUUGGCUGUGUGCUUAGGGUCGUUGUCCUGUUGGAAGGUGAACCUUCGCCCCAGUCUGAGGUCUUGAGCGCUCUGGAGCAGGUUUUCAUCAAGGAUCUCUCUGUACUUUGCUCCGCUCAUCUUUGCCACGAUCCUGACUAGUCUCCCAGUCCCUGCCGCUGAAAAUCCUCUCCACAGCAUGAUGCCGCCACCACCAUGCUUCACCGUAGGGAUGGUGCCAGAUUUCCUCCAGAUGUGACGCUUUGCAUUCAGGCCAAAGAGUUCAAUCUUGGUUUCAUCAGACCAGAAAAUCUUGUUUCUCAUGGUCUGAGAGUCUUAAGGUGCCUUUUGGCUCCAAGCGGGCUGUCAUGUGUCUUUUACUGAGGAGUGGCUUCUGUCUGGCCAAUCCACCAAAAAGGCCUGAUUGGUGGAGUGCUGCAGAAAUGGUUAUCCUUCUGGAAGUUUCUCCCAUCUCCACAGAGAAACUCCAGAGCUCUGUCAGAGUGACCAUCGGGUUCUUGGUCACCUCCCUGACCAAGGCCCUUCUCCCCCUGAUUGCUCAGUUUGGCCGGGCGGCCAGCUCUAGGAAGAGUCUUGGUGGUUCCAAACUUAUUCUAUUUAAGAAUGAUGGAGGCCACUGUGUUCUUGGGGACAAUAAAAGCUGCAGAAAUGUUUUGGUACCAUUCCCCAAAUCUGUGCCUCGACACAAUCCUGUCUCAGAGCUCUACCGACGAUUCCUUCGACCUCGUGGCUUGGUUUUUGCUCUGACAUGCACUGUCAACUGUGGGACCUUAUAUAGACAGGUGUGUGCCUUUCCAAAUCAUGUCCAAUCAAUUGAAUAUACCACAGGUGGACUCCAAUCAAUAAUUUGUUAUUAACCGACUUGCCUAGUUAAAUAAAGGUAAAAAAAGUUGUAUAAACAUCUCAAGGAUGAUCUGUGGAAACAGGAUGCACCUGAGCUCAAUUUUGAGUCUCAUAGCACAGGGUCUGAAUACUUAUGUAAAUAAGGUAUUUCUGUUUUUAUUUUUAAUACAUUUGCUAAAAUGUCAAAAAAACGUUUUUCACUUCGUCAUUAUGGGGUAGUGUGUGUAGAUUGCUGAGUAUUUUGUUUUAUUUAAUCAAUUUUAGAAUAAGGCUGUAAAGUAACAAAAUGUAGAAAAAGUAAAUGGGUCUGAAUACUCCUCUUGGGUGUAAUUCAAAUGAAAUUAGUUAGCUUGUUGACAAUGGCGAUUUUUAUCAAUUUAUGAGCAGGAAUCCAAUUCAUGAUAUCAAGACUUGAUCCUCACUCAUUUAGCUAUUGGAAAACAAAAGUUUGAACAAAUAUUUACAUAAAAACAAUUAAAUAUGUUUAAACAUGUACAGAAUUUACAUGAGCUCUCUGCCUAGGCUGCCACUUGGCGUCAUGGCAACUAUAGAACCCCUGGGAAUGGCUGGGUAGAAAGCUCAUUCCUGUGAGAGAAUGAGAAGAUCAGACGUUGUGGUCCAGUGAAAAGACUCUUUAUGUCCCCGUACUACACCAGUCCUUCAUGUUUCUGCUUUGUCCCCUUAUUUCCCUGUAUGCACCUCUUUAACAGGGAACAGGAAGUGACCUCUGUGACCCCUCUCUCCCACGCCAUGUGACCUGUAGCAGUGUAGUUCCCCCAUUCAAGCGUGUACGUACGCACACUCACAAACACACACACGGGUUUACUUGCUAUAUGUAAUACACAUAACUAGCAGAACUGGAGUCCAUAUCAAGGUUUAGCUUGACUUUAUAUUAAAGGACCUACAACCAUUAUGGAUAAAGUGGUCCAUGCAAGUGUGAGACUGAACACAAAACUGUCAAAAUAGAUGAAUGAACUCGCAGGACACACACAACUGACCAAUACAACACACACACAAAUACCUGUUGCUUUUUCCACUCCUAUGUUUUGCAUGUGAUAUGAGUACUAGUGAAUCUAGCAGCAGUUUGAAAUAGUGAAGUAGCUGAUGGGAAAACCCCUACUAGCUCCAUCCAGAUGAAACCGUUCACACACUCUUCCUCCUUUCCCCGUCCCAGGCUAACUGGUGUUGGACAGGUCUGGAAUGCACCUCUCCAAAACGGACUGUCACCUAUCAAAAAACAAUUGAAACCUGAACAGAAACAUGUUUAAUAUAAAAGUAAUUGCAUGUUGGACAUAAAGUUAAAGCAACACUCAAUCCCUGGCCUCCCCUGAUAUGAUGGGCACACGGCUGACACACAGAUUUUCUAACAGCUUACAUGGUUGCUCCACACUUGGUGCCUCUUGAAUGAACAGGCUACAAAAUAAUUAAUUAACUUUUCAUUAAACUCAAUUUUGUGAGUGCAGACUCUCUAAAAUCUCUACACUCUCUCUAAAGCUACACUCAACUUCUAGCUUCACCAAGAAGGAAUAGGGUUUAUCAGCUUGGAAGGAGAAAGUAGGUAGUCUUGUUGACUGCUAUCUUCAAUGGACCUGUACCAGGCAAGCUUUGUCACAGUAAUUAACCAUGAUUUCCAAUGCCUUAUUAACUAUACAUUCAUCAACAAUAUCUUUACAUAGCCAGACAUUUAGAAGACAUUGCAUGUACUGUGUUACAAGCCAAUUGGUCAAGAUGUUCGUCCUUUAUGACGGACUGAGUGUCGCUCCUAAAGCAAAUCACAGGAUCGGUAGCCGAGGCUAUCAUCGGUCCUCAUGAACCAAUAAGAAAUCACCUUAAUUACUCCCAGAACCCCACCCUUCAUCUCUGUAAUUCACUGUCCGACCCAGCCAGAGCUUUAUUAACCAAUAAACAGUUGCAAAUUGACAGAUCACAGAAACCCACAGAAAAUGGCAACACAUUCCUCUACUGUUGGCUAUAUUUACUCACCAGCUGGCUUCAAAUUACUACACUUACAAGUAGAGUGAUGGGGGAAAGGAGGGGUAGAUGAGAGCGGAAAAGAGAGAGAGAAAGAGAGUGAGCGGGAGAGCGAGAGAGCAAGAAACACAUGGAGAGAGAGAGAGAGGGGGAGGCGGAGAGAGAGACAGAGAGAGAGAGAGAGAGAGAGGGGUGGUGGAGAGAGACAGAGAGAGAGAGCCGAAGAGAGAGAGAGAGAGGAGAGAGAGAGAGAGAGAGAGAGAGAGAGAGAGAGAGAGAGAGAGAGAGAGAGAGAGAGAGAGAGAGAGAGAGAGCAUAAAAAUGAAUUUACUGUAUGUGCAUGUGGUUAGAGGAUACUAAAAGCCAUUUCUGCUGCUUCCACCCCCCCCUUUCAUUUAAUAUAAAGUAUUUAGAGCUUUAUUAACCAAUAAACAGUUAUAUGAUAUUAUCAUAUAAGAUAUUCAAUUGUAAAUACAUUUCGAGGAAUUAACAUGGCCAGAACACUAGUUAAAUUGAUUUAACAUCUGAAGAUAUUCAUUCAAUUGCACACGUACUACCAUGUCAUCAAUGUUUAAGACGUGAUUCACAUUCAAAAGAUUUUCAGAGAAAAUCAACCCAUAUUACUUUUUCAAUGUAUUUUUUCAAAGGUAAACCAGUUUAUGUGGAUUUACCAAAGGUAUAUUCUCUAAGCCACCAGGAAUAUGUUAACAGACGAAACAUGGAAUAACACUUCACUCAGAUGACGAGACAAGCUGGGCUUUAAUCAGGUCAGUGCCAGGUGCACCAAUGUGUUUUUGAGCAUGACAACCCUAUUAGAUGUGGGAGGGGGUGUUUGUUGCUCAUAAAGAAGGGGAGAAGGACGGUUGGUUGGUGACUAACAAGAGUAUGAGUUAUCCUUCGAUGAUCUCUCAGGCCAGUGUUCAAUAACAUACUGAACAUGAAUACAACUAUCUGAUGUUAGCUGCAGUGUUUUAGUGUCUGUCUGUCUGUCUAUCUGUCUGUGAGCAUGUGUGUGUGUGCACGUUUCUCUGGUCGUCUGUGUAUACGUCUGUGUAUUGGGGAGCAGAGGGGCUUAUAGCUUACAGUAUGUUCCAGUGGGAGUUAGUUUAAUUAAUCCUAAGUAAAAACAAUCCACCAGAGAGGUAUCUCAGAGCAGAGGAGCCAUCCGCUCUUAACGCUGCAAGACAAAGUCCCCCGAGCCAGACGACAAGCCAUCGUGGUCUAGCUAUAGCGGAAAGGCCUCCCAUUUCCCGUAAAGCCAAGGGGCGGUUCUCUGAUCUGUUACCCCCUCCACCCCUCUGCGCAUUCCGCCGCCCCUCCAAACUGCUAGAUGUCCCGCGCCAUCUAAUUCACUGGCAAAUUAGGAAGAUGAUUUAAGAGAAUCUGGGAUCAAAAAAGCAGACAAUCUGGAAGACUGAAGCACACCACAAGUUUUAUCCAGACCAUAUGUAUAUGGAUACAAAGGGAGGAGAGGGAAGAGAGGGAUACGGCAGAGAGAAAAAAGAACAUACACAGUUCCCCCUGUCUGGGACUAGAUACAGGAUGGGAACACAGUUCCCCCUGUCUGGGACUAGAUACAGGAUGGGAACACAGUUCCCCCUGUCUGGGACUAGAUACAGGAUGGGAACACAGUUCCCCCUGUCUGGGACUAGAUACAGGAUGGGAACAAAAUCCCAUAAAAUCCCCCCUGUGCAUCUGACCACUUAUCCUGUCACUGUGGAAAAGAAACCAGGGACAGCUACUUUGUUUGCUCAUGGAAUCACAAACGACAGUGAUAUGGCUCUAGGAUUAAAUAUUUGGCCUGCAUAUCCCCUUUAUCGAGACACUUCAAACACUCCGAAAGGAAUUGUUGUGUCAACAGGUAAAACCAUUAUGCACUGUGUUUGUGUGUGUGUGUGCGUGUGUGUGCAUGUGGACGUGUUUAACUAUUCAGGACCAGACGUCCCCACAAGAACAGUAAACUAACAGAAAUUGUACCAACUGGGGACAUUUUGUUGGUCCCCACAAGGUCAAAUGCUAUUUAUAGGGGAUUAAGUUAAGUUUAGAAUUAGUGUUAGGGUUAGAAUUAGGUUUAGGGUUAAGGUUAGGAGCUAGGGUUAGUUUUAGGGUUAGGGUUAGGGUUAGAAGCUAGGGUUAGGGUUAGGGUUAAGGUUAGGUUUUUGGGUUAAGGUUAGGGUUAGGGUUAGGGUAAGAGUACGGAUUAGGGUUAGGUUUAGGGUUAGGGGUACUAUGUGUGUAUGUGUGUGUCUUGUUUGUGUAAUACGUUGCCUUUAACUUAAGGCGUAUCAAAGUUUUCCAGAAUCACCAAUAGCUGCAGAACAAAAAAAUUAACAAUUUCAAAUGAUAAUUUCAGCACUGCCAUGGCUACCAUCCUGUCACUCUGGCUAUCAUAAGUCCUCUCUAUUCCUGAAUCCUGACCUAUCCCCAAUAAGAAUGCACGUACACAACCACCUCUAGUUAUUAGCCCUGACUAACAAGACAGUUAUGUGUCAAGGAGGAACGAAACACAAAAUAAUCUGGAGGUACUUGAGUUUUUCUCCCCUAAUACUCCUGACAUUUACAGAAGAGUGUGGCUCAUGCUGUUUGUACUAAUUGUUUCCUUCAGUUUUAAAACACCCUCCCUCCUCACACACACACACACACCAUCUCCCCAAGCCCACUAAUAGCUCUGAAUAAAACCACAAAUUGGACCAGUAAACCCCUCAUUACGAUGUUUUAAUAGAACGAAUAUUAGGGGAGUGAGGGGUCAGGGGUCAAUAGGAGGAGCUAAUGCACAGCAGUUGUUAGGGGCCGGGGCCAGCUCUGAUUGGAACCAGCAGCAGCCAAUAGGAAUGGAACCCACCCCCACACACACACACACACACCCCACCCCCACCCUUGAAACGUCCGCCUGCAGGUCGACGGUGACCUGACUAAAUAGUAGACAACCUGGAAAAUACAUCUGGCCCACGGCCCAAAAGUUAAAACAUCCACCAUUAACUCAACAGUAGGGGAGGGAGUGUGAGGGGGAGGAUGGGACGGGGAAUAAAACAUCCAUCAUAGAGGAUUUACCUUCAUGUAGGUGAGAACCUGGUUGGGUCACAUCUAACUCUUGGGCUCACAGUAGGACACAGCAGGCUAAGCUAGGGAAGUUGUCAAUGGUAAUAGCACACCUUAUCUCUCUGUUCAUUCACCAUGUUUUCUGUAUGCAUCGUUUGCAAAUGAAGUAUUUCGAAAACUUUCAACAGGCGAAGUUAUAUAUGUGUGUGUGUUUGUGUGUUUGUGUGUUUGGGUGUGUGCCGGUGUGAAUAGGAGUGAGUGUGAAGAGAGAGGUGGUCCGUCUGCCUUUGAUGUGGUCCUGGCCUGGGCUGAGAAGGGAGAGAGAGAGCUGUGCCGGGGGCACGGUAGCUGAGUGGAGCCUGUUGAGUGUGUGGUUUGGCCUGGUUAGGGUGAGGGUGGCCUGGUGAGGGGCAGGCAGGGAGUCACUGGCCCAAUGGAGGGUAAGCCCCACAGCUCACCAUUGCGCAGCCCUUCAAGCCUGACUCAGAGUGAACAGGCAGCACUCUGAACACUCGAUAUAGCAGCAACGUGUAAAACAGACUUUCUCUGUGAACCGUGGCAUUCUCUACCUACACUACAUGUUGUCACACCACAGAACAUACUACUGUGAUGGAGAAAACUCUAUCCUAUAGAUAUCUCAAUCUGCCACCCUGUUGAAAUCAUCAACAUUCUAUUUCACCAUAUAGCAAUGAUGUCAUGAAGGGGGGUCACCAAAUUGAUUCUAAUACUAAUGGGGUGACAUGUUGGAUGCUUUUUCUAAUAAAUAACCUACCACUUGUUGUUUUUUUCACUUCAAUAUUUUUCAAAUGUUUAUUUAUUGAAUAAAAUUGUUUCAAUAGGUUUGAAAAUUAACUCAAUUGUUAAAACAUGUUUUACAAUAGAAACAAGAAUAAAAUAUAAAUAAUAAUCUCAGCGACUGUCACGCCCUGACGUAUGGAACUCUUGUAUGUCUUGUAUGUUGAAAUCUAUGUGAUGUAUUCUAUGUUUAGGAUCUAGGUAUUGGGUUUCUAUGUUUGGCCGGGUGUGAUUCCCAAUCAGAGACAGCUGUCGCUCGUUGGACAUAGUUUGUACAAGUGCACCGGAAAGGCUUGUGUUAUGGUCAGCUUUGAAACCACUGCUACCCGAGUAGCUACAAACAACACUAAACAACUCAGUGGAAGAUUGGAAGGUCGGGUGGUUGAUCCCCGGUCGAGUCAUACCAAAGACAACACUAAACAACACUAAACAACUCAGAGUGGUCCUCUGUAGCUCAGCUGGUAGAGCACGGCGCUUGUAACGCCAAGGUAGUGGGUUCGAUCCCCGGGACCACCCAUACACAAAAAGAUUUAUGCACGCAUGACUGUAAGUCGCUUUGGAUAAAAGCGUCUGCUAAAUGGCAUAUUAUUAUUAUUAUAAAGACUCGAAAAAUGUGACCCAAUGCCUCUCAGCUUGGCACACAUUAAGGAGAUGGAUUGGGGGUAAGGCCCUGUGACACACUAGUAUUCUGUCCAGGUUACAGAAACAGGAGAAAGGCUCCUGCCCUAUGGGCCAGUCUGGCUCAGACAAGGCCACCACCACCCAGGCCAGAAACAGUAUUCACCAGAAAUACAGAGAUGCUAGUGCUUUGCACCAGAUAACCGGUGAUUCUACUGCCAGCCUCAGAACACUUCCCAUCCGAGUAGCUGAGCUCAGGUGUAGGGAGAUGGAGAGGGAGUGA